CACGAAUCUUCAAGAACUAGCCAUUAGUAUAUGGGAAUAAGAGUAUUAUGUCGAAGGUUAGAGUAACUAAGUCGUCAGUGUCCAAAGAAGCACCAAUUUCAAGUGAAUACCUCGAAGAAUUGGUGAGAACAGAUGAAGCGAUUCAAUUGUACAACCUAAAGAACGAUCUUAUCAAAUACAUACUUGAAAAGCUUCAAAUCAAAUCAUCCAAGUAUAAGUUUUUAGUCCAGGCCACCAAUGUUGGUUCCGGAAGUCCAAUUGACAUACCCAUUCUGAUUGCUUCUUCGUUUGGAGCUGUUUGGGAUGGUGAAAGAGACGGAUAUAUCAAUUUACAAGUUGACAAUUCUGAAUCUGAUCGGGUUGAUAAUCUUUUGAUCAGUGUGUAUUGGAUCUUUGUUGAUUAGUAAAUGUUUAUUGGCAUUAAUGAUUUCGUUAUAUAAUACAUAAUUAAUAAGGUGAUCAUAGCAUUUCAAGAACAUUGAACAACGUUUCAAUUCUGUCGUUCAAAGUAGAUAACGCCUGAGUAUUCGAUGACAUGCUUGAUAAAUGUUUAUUUAAAAGCUGGAGUACUUCUCUUGUAUCAGGGUCAUUGUUAGCAUUGAAUUUAGACCCCAAUAUUGGCUGGUGUUCUGUUUCCUCAUCUAAUUUGAUAUUGUCCGAACUUGAUUCAAUAGAAUCAAGUUGUAAUUCCUGUUUUUUCUUGAUGAUUUCGUCAUGCAUUCUCUGUUCAUUGAUCGAGGUUGUCUUUUUAAACUCAUUCAAGUAUUUUAGA